GGAGAGAGAGGAGAAGAGAAGAGCUUGUGAGGAGGGGGUAUGUUUGACCACCACUGCUUGCGGGUUAGGAUCAUCGAUAACCAUAAAGCGAAUUGCCUCGUGAACUUCCUACAAACGUUGUAAAAAUUCAAUGGAAAUUAGUGUUUGCACAUUGUCUCAUGCUUGAUUUAAUGAGCGCAAGAAAGUGAGGAAUAAAUAAGAAAAGUAGGCAGCUGCCAUUAGAGCAGCCAUACUCAAACAACCGCAGUGUGAUUGCGCGACGCGCGGUCAAAAAUGAGACUCUAAAUUCGGAUGAAACGGGUAUUCGUAAAUUUUAUUAAAUAGCUUUCGCAAAAGUUUAUUCAAUUUUCACGCAGAGACAGGGCAGGGGCAAAGUUAUUGAAAUUUUUGUGAGGCGAGGAGAAGCGAAGAAGCAAUCGCGCCGGAAGCAGGAAGCCGAAAAAGGGGCCACGACGAGAUGAGUACGAAGAACGACGUGAACAGGAGAGUAUUGGCGAUUCAGGCGAAAAAGAAACGACACAAGCCGGUGAAACGAAAGGGUAAAGGUCCUCAAGGUGAUCAGGACAAUCCCGGUGCUCAGUGUUCCAAAGCAUCCAACGCAAAUCAAAAUCAAGACAUUCGAUUGCAAAGACAGAAUUCCGGUGGCAACGGGCACAGAUUGAAUGCCAGCCACAGUUCAAGUAAUGAGACGAUCGAAGAUGACGACGAUGUUUACAGCAGUGAGGAAGAAGAACAAGAAGACAGCAGUGACUAUUGCAAGGGAGGUUAUUAUCCAGUCAAAAUAGGAGAUUUGUUUUUGAAUCGCUAUCACGUCACGCGCAAACUUGGUUGGGGUCAUUUUUCUACUGUCUGGCUUUGCUGGGAUCUACAGGAUAAACGAUUUGUGGCCCUGAAAGUGGUCAAGUCGGCAUCUCACUUCACGGAAACUGCACUUGAUGAAAUCAAGCUUUUAAAAGAUGUUCGUGACACUGAUCCUAGUGAUCCUAAACGCAACAAAACCGUCCAGUUGCUACAUGACUUCAAGAUAAGAGGCAUCAAUGGAUUGCACGUUUGUAUGGUUUUUGAAGUACUUGGACACAAUCUACUUAGACUCAUUAUUAGAUCUAAUUAUCGAGGGAUUCCAAGAAAUAAUGUUAAGCGAAUAAUAAGACAAGUUCUUGAGGGUUUGGAUUACCUUCAUAAUAAGUGUAAAAUAAUUCACACCGACAUAAAGCCCGAGAAUGUUUUAAUUUGCGUUGAUGAGUCCUAUAUAAGAAAAUUGGCUUCUGAAGCAACCGAACUGCACUCAUUGGGCUUGAAAUUACCAGUUUCUCUUAUAUCAACUGCGCCGAAGGAAUUUCAGGAACCAAUUAUUAAUGCGAAAAUGUCAAAGAACAAAAAGAAGAAAUUAAAAAAGAAAGCAAAACGACAAAAUGAACUUUUAAAGAAGCAAAUGGAACAAAUUGAGGAGAUUGAGGAACAAGUAAAACCAACGGACGAUGUCAAGGAAAAUGGAGACGUUGAGGUGCAUGAACCGAACAGUCCCGAUCAAGAUGUCACCACGGAAAGUAUGGAAGAUAACGUCGAAAGUAAAGAAUCUCCUGAUACAUCAGAACCAUCUAUUCCAUCUUUGCAUGUGAAUGGUGUCGAUGGACUGGCUGGUGGUGAAAAAAUUGAGAAUCAAAUGAAUGAACAACAGAAAAUUGAAAACGUCAUUCUGAGUGAUGUGGAGAAAAGUUGUGGAGAGGGUGUUGUGUCCCUUGAUUUCCCCGAGAAAGACGAAUGUAGUGAUGAUAAAAACGACAAUUUAUCUAAUAAGAAGGAAGGGAAACGAACAUCUGUUGCUCCACUGGAUCCAGCACUAGUGGACUGUGACGUUGAAGUAAAAAUAGCCGAUCUCGGAAAUGCUUGUUGGGUUUAUAAAAAAUUCACUGAAGAUAUUCAAACUAGGCAGUAUCGAUCACUUGAAGUGUUGUUGGGAGAUGGAUACAGCACAUCAGCAGACAUCUGGUCAACGGCUUGUAUGGCUUUUGAACUUGCAACUGGUGACUAUCUUUUCGAACCACACAGUGGUGAAGAUUACUGCAGGGACGAAGAUCACCUAGCGCAUAUAAUUGAACUUCUUGGCGAGAUACCUCGACGAAUCGCUCUUUCUGGAAAGCAUUCACGAUUGUUUUUCAAUAAGAAAGGGGAAUUGAAGCAUAUUACCGGCUUGAAGCCAUGGGGAUUGUGUGCUGUCUUGAUAGAAAAGUACGAUUGGUCAGCCAGUGAAGCGCGAGAAUUCGCUGAUUUCUUAACUCCAAUGCUUGAAUUUGAUCCGGAUUUACGAGCCACGGCAGCCGAGUGCUUAAAGCAUCCAUGGUUGCAAAUCAAGUGAUUACGUUUUCAUGUUGUUUUAAUCAGUAAAAAUUUCUAAUCGUUUUAUUGUCCCAAUGCAAUCAUAACCGAGAAUGUGAUAGGUAAUAAUAUUUACUGGAUAAUUUACUGAAAAUUUUCAUAAUCAUCAUUCAAUUAUUAUCAACUUUUUACCGAAAGCAAAAACGUUUGGUUAAAGUCAAAUCCCUGUGUCUCAUUAUUUUUUGUCUUCAUUAAUUUUAAAUUUAUUCAAUUUGACGAAUGAUUUAUUAUCAAACUUAUUAAAAAUGAUUUCAUCUGCCAAAUGAUGUCAAAUUUUUCCUGACAAUUUUUUGCUUUCUUUUAACAAUAAAAAUUUAUUUUAUACAUACAUUUUUUAGUAUUUUUUUUCUUUUAAUUAAAAACUGUACACAAUUCUACUAUUUUAUUAAGGAUUAGGAGAAAUGAUUUUUAAAAUUGUUAUCACAUUCCAUCCUUUAUUUUUUGAAUUGGCGUCAGUUUCUCGACUAUUUUGUCAACUAUCUAUCAAAAUUGUAUUGUCACUAAUGGUUAAAUUAAAUUUUCACUUCAUUUUCAAUCAUUCUUUUACAAUUCAUACUUGUUUUCUCUCGUCUGAAGAGAUAACAACACAAUCAAAACUAAUGCUAAAAGUUAUCGAGAUAACUCUUGUAAUAAUACUACAUUUUUUGUCAUUUAAGAUCUUUUACCCUCGUGUAUUAUUAAUUUGUAUAAACUUUGGUAAAGUAAAAGAAAGAAAGAAAGAAAAUUAUUUAAUUGAAAAAAGCAGAUGAAUGAUUUUAUAUUUUGUUGACACUAAAGAAGAUCGGUGCUGCUUUGCACACAGACUGAAGCAUAAUACUCAUGUGCGAUGAGCAGCGUUCUUAUUUUGAAAAAAUAUUAAUGUGUUGGGCGAGUUAUAUUAAAAAAAAAAAUAGAAAACAGUGUGUGACGACGAUACGUCAAACUUUUUUAAAUAAUGAAUCAAUCCUUCGAUUUUUCAAAUAACUGGACUAUCAUCAUGUGUUUUAUAAGACGUGAUUAAAAAACUUACUGCAAAUCUAAUUUUUAAAAUGAAGAAAACGCAAAUCGAACAUUAUUCAAAUGAUGAGCCAAAAAUAUAAAUUAUUGACACGUUUUUUCUGCAAUCGAAAACAGCACUUUGGCCGAAAAUCGUCGUCUCAUUUGUAAUUCAAAAGAAUGAAAAGAGAAAAGAAACUACAACAGAUAAUAAUAUUAAUGCGAAGAAAUUAAUGCGACUAGAAUUUAUAAAUAAUACAAUUUGUAGGACCACUGAAAUGCUUUGUGACGUCUCCUUCUUAUUUAAAAAAAAAUUAUUCCCAAAAACAUUUUUCGAAAAAAUGUCCACGGAAGAUAAUCCUUUAUUUGAGACAACUGAUCCCACAUAGCAAAGUCAACUAUGUACUAGAAAUAUUGAAAAAAAUAUAUAGUAUUUAACGGACGAAAAAUCGUGAUCCCAUACGUUAAGCUGCUCCCCGAUUACAAUCGUUGGACAAUUAACUAUGCAUUCUCUUAUCUUACUGGAGUUAACAAACUUUAAAGAAAUACUUCUAUGAAAAAUAGCAGUCGUAUAAAAUUUGUACAGUGAAUACAUUAAAUUACGUAAAAUUAGUUGGUAAUAAUAUUGUUUUACGAGGUCCGAUGAAAUCUAUUGCGUUUAGUCAAAUAAAACUCAGUUUGGCUUCAGUAA